UGGUCCUCCCUUCCGAUUGGUCAGGAGGCGGUGGCGUCACAAAGUCCUGGGUUCACGUGGGGUAGGCGGUGCGGCGGAUGUGCAGGAGGCUCCGCGCGGUGCCCGGAUGCCCAGGGUUUAGGAGUGUGUACGGGCAGGACGUUGCGGAGGACAUCUGCCUGGGUGCCUGGGUUCACGGGGACUUGAGCGUCGUCCAGCGGUGGCCAUGGAGGGCGAUCCCAGCGUGGAGGAGACCCACAUCUGCUCGGUGUGCGGGCUCAGCUUCAACGGACUGGCGGAAGUGGAGAGUCACAUGACCGUGCACACCAAGGAGAAGCGCUACGAGUGCGACGUGUGCGGCAAAGCCUGGCUCUACCCGUGCCUGCUGGAGACCCAUCGGCGGGUGCACACCGGCGAGCGGCCCUUCACCUGCUCCGAGUGCGGGAAGGGCUUCACCCGCUACGACAGCCUCCUCAGGCACUACCGGGUGCACUCCGGCGAGCGGCCCUUCAACUGCGCCGACUGCGGGAAGGGCUUCAAGACGGCCCAGGACCUGAAGAUACACCGGCGGGUGCACACCGGGGAGAGGCCGUUCACCUGCAACGUCUGCGGGAAGUCGUUUGCGCAGUCCUCUGGUCUGCUGCGGCACCAGCGGGUGCACUCUGGCGAGCGGCCCUUCCAGUGCUCCGACUGCGGCAAGUGCUUCAAGACGUCCCCGGACCUGAAGGUGCACUGGCGCCUGCACACCGGCGAGCGGCCGUUCAUCUGCAUGGACUGCGGCAAGGGCUUCACCCGCUCCAACAGCUUGCUGGAGCACCAGCGCAUCCACACGGGCGAGCGGCCCUUCACUUGCUUCCAGUGCGGCAAGGGCUUCACCCACUCCUCCAAGCUGCUCAGCCACCAGCGGGUGCACAGCGGCGAUCGGCCCUUCGGCUGCCCCGUGUGCGGGGAGCGGUUCAACCUGGCCUCACACGCCCUGGCGCACCAGAGGGUCCACACCGACGAGCGGCCCUACGACUGCCCCUUCUGCGACGAGAGCUUCAAGACCACCCAGGAGCUGAAGGAGCACCGGCGCACCCACACCGGCGAGCGGCUCUACAAGUGCUCCCACUGCGGCAAGAAGUUCAAGACGCCGCGGGGCCUGAAGGAGCACCAGCGGGUCCACACCGGCGAGCGGCCCUUCGUCUGCUCCGAGUGCGGGAAGGGCUUCACCCGCAUGUCCAGCCUGUGGCAGCACCGGCGCAUCCACAGCGGCGAGCGCCCCUUCCCCUGCGCCGUCUGCGGCAAGGGCUUCACCCGCCUGGACCACCUGCUCGAGCACCGCCGAGUGCACACCGGGGAGAAGCCCUUCACCUGCCCCGUCUGCGAGAAGUCCUUCGCCCGCUCCUCCAGCCUGCUGGCCCACCGCACCGUCCACACCGGCGAGAAGCCCUUCACCUGCCCCGUCUGCGGCGAGCGCUUCGCCCGCUCCUCCAGCCUGCUGGCCCACCGGCGCGUCCACACCGACGAGAAGCCCUUCAAGUGCUCCGUCUGCCGGAGCGGCUUUAAGACGUCCCGGGACCUGAAGGAGCACCGGCGCACCCACACCGGCGAGCGGCCCUUCACCUGCCCCGAGUGCGGCAAGGGCUUCGUCCAGUCCUCCCACCUGAUGGAGCACAGGAGGAUCCACACCGGCGAGCGGCCCUUCACCUGCCCCGUCUGCGGCAAGGGCUUCACCCAGUCCUGCAACCUCCUGCAGCACCAGCGGGUCCACACCGGCGAGCGGCCCUUCGUCUGCCCCGUCUGCGGCAAGGGCUUCACCCACUCCUCCAGCCUCCUGCUCCACCAGCGCAUCCACACCGGGGAGAAGCCCUUCACCUGCUCCGUCUGCGGCAAGGGCUUCAACCGCUCCUACACCCUCCUGGCCCACCGCACUGUCCACACCGGCGAGCGGCCCUUCACCUGCCCCGAGUGCGGCAAGGGCUUUGCCCGCUCUGCCACCCUGCUGGAACACCAGGCCAUUCACAGGAGGGAGCGGCCCUUCUCCUGCCCCGACUGCGGCAAGGGCUUCGCCCGCUCCGCCAGCCUCCUGGCCCACCGCGCCGCGCACGGCAGCGAGAGCCCCUUCGCCUGCGCCGAGUGCGGGCAGGGGUUCAGCCGCUCGGCCAGCCUGCUGGAGCACCAGGCCACCCACGCGAAGGAGAAGCGCUUCACCUGCUCCGAGUGCGGGAAGGGCUUCACCCGCUCGGCCAGCCUGCUGGAGCACCAGGCCAUCCACACCGGGGAGAAGCCCUUCACCUGCUCGGAGUGCGGGAAGGGCUUCACCCGCUCGGCCAGCCUCCUGCAGCACCAGGCCUUCCACACCGGGGAGAGGCCCUUCACCUGCUCGGAGUGCGGGAAGGGGUACUCCCUGUCCUCCAGCCUGCUGAGGCACCAGCGCACCCACCGGGUCCACACUGGGGAGAAGCCCUUCGUCUGCCCCGUCUGUGGGAAGGGCUUCACCCAGUCCAACAACCUGCUGGAGCAUCAGCGCACCCACACCGGAGAACGCCCCUUUGUCUGCCCUGAAUGUGGGAAGUGUUUUGUCCAGUCCUCUGGCCUCCUGCAGCACCGGCGCACCCACACGGGGGAGCGGCCCUUCUCCUGCCCCGUCUGCGGCAAGGCCUUCGCCCGCUCCUCCAGCCUGCUGGAGCACCAGGCCGUGCAUAGCAAGGAGAAGCCCUUCACCUGCUCCGAAUGUGGGAAGGGCUUCACCCGCUCCUCCAGCCUGCUGGCCCACCGCACCGUCCACACCGGCGAGCGGCCCUUCACCUGCCCCGAGUGCGGCAAGGGCUUCGCCCAGUCCUCCCACCUGAUGGAGCACAGGAGGAUCCACACCGGCGAGCGGCCCUUCACCUGCCCCGUCUGCGGCAAGGGCUUCACCCAGUCCUGCAACCUCCUGCAGCACCAGCGGGUCCACACCGGCGAGCGGCCCUUCGUCUGCCCCGUCUGCGGCAAGGGCUUCACCCACUCCUCCAGCCUCCUGCUCCACCAGCGCAUCCACACCGGGGAGAAGCCCUUCGCCUGCCCCGUCUGCGGCAAGGGCUUCAACCGCUCCUCCAGCCUGCUGGCCCACCGCACCGUCCACACCGGCGAGCGGCCCUUCACCUGCCCUCAGUGUGGCAAGAGCUUCACCCACUCCUCCAGCCUCCUGGCCCACCGCACCGUCCACACCGGCGAGCGGCCAUUCACCUGCCCUCAGUGUGGCAAGAGCUUCACCCACUCCACCAACCUCCUAAAGCACAGGAGGGUCCACCAGGGGGCGAAGCAGCCGGCAGACAGAGAGCCUCCCUCCGCCAGCCUGGGGGUGGGGACUCCACCUGGGGACCUAGCCUGCUGAGGCGAGGGGAGGCUCCAGCGGUGUUGCAAAUAAAUUACAAAUCCUGUGCCAUGGGAGACAAUGAUACUCAACCUGAUUCUGGUCUCGGUUGCCUGAAGGUCUGGGCGCCCUGUCACAGGAAGGAUGCUGUCUGGAUUGCAGGGCAUGUGCUGCUGGGAGAGGUGGGACAAGCUUGAGUUGUUUUCUCUGGAGGCUGAGCGGAGACCUGAUGGAGGUUUAUAAGAUUACGAGAAGCGUAGAUCGUCAGGAUCUUUUCACAGGGUAGAGGUGUCCCCCCCCCUACCUCGUUUCCAUCCCUCCUGCAGAAGGGUGGGGGUGGAAUGUGUUUACCAGCAGGAGAGACCGAUGCUCAGGUUGGAGGCUACCCAGACGGGAUAUAAAGUUGCUCCUCCACCCUGAGGACGGCCUCCCCUUGGCGCAAGAGGUGGCCGCGGCCGUGUCCGAGCGGGAAUCGGAAUUGGAACGGCUGGCCACUGGGAAGGAGUCACGCUUCUGGCGGACGCGCUCCCCCGAUUUACGUCGGGUCUCACCAAUGUGGAGCAGGCUGCAUCGGGAGAACCGACUGGCCUGUAGCCUUCCCUGGGUGCCUGGGUGAUUCGGGUGUCAUCGAGACGCUUCUUAAGUGCUUUCAUGGACUUGGCUUCUGUCAGUCCCUCUGGCAGUGCGUUCAGCUGCUCACCAACACUCCGGGUGAAGGAGAACCCCACCCCCACCCCAGAUCCCCUCAAUCUUUUACCCCCUUGCUCUGUAUCUGUUUCUGUGCUGUGAGACUCACAAAUAGCAUUGCAGUUACAGAGAAAGUGCAAGGGCUGCAAUGCAAUAGACUGGGAGAUAAAGAAUUCAUUUUCAGCAUUCUGGCAUUCUCCCCUGUCUAUAUGUCUCUCAGUUUUAUGUACCUUAAUUGUGUCCCCUCCUAACCUCUGCCUCUCCUGGGAGAACAAACCAGCCUCUCGUGUCUCUCCAGGAAGAAUCGUAUUUCUUUGAUGUGCUGUGACUUCACCAGAAGAGUCGGGGGACAGUGGAGGGUCGCUGAGCAGGAGGAGAUGUACGAAGCCUCUGCUGUCAGAGGGACACAGGCAGGGCUGUCGACCAGCAUUGUAACUGCUUCUUCCUGAUGUAAACUGAUGGCCACGGUUCUGAAUGAAACCUGGAUCCUCCCUGUGAAUAAACUCAUCGAAACCAUGACAUGACCGCUGACUUGUUCUGAGAGAGUGAGCGUGGCGUUUCCUAAACGUGCGGAGACGAUGCCCUUUCUGGUCUGGGUGGUUCUGCUGGGAAUCCUGCUCCAAGCCGGGGUGUACCUAGAAAUUGGUUUGGUGGGAGCUGGGCAAUGGUGGCAAGUUUUACCCAGAAGGCCAUGCAGUGCAAAAACUGCCCUAUUGAUCCAAUGAACACUGACGAAGCCUUCCCCUCCCCGAACAUACAACUCUGAAAAGUCAGAGGAAGGAAUAAGACAGAUUCGGGAAAAAUUAGUCAUUUAAAUUGGGUUUAUUGUCAUCACAGGUACUGAGAUACUGUGAAAAACUUAGCUUGCAUACAAAUAAUUUCAUAACAACGGUGCUUUGAGGUAGCCCGAGGAAAAACAAUAACUGCAGAAUAAAGUGUUACAAUUACACGAGAGUGCAGUGCAGGCAGGCGAUGAAGUGCAAGGGUCAAAUGAGAGGGUUGUGAGGUCAAUAAUCUUGUCUUAUUGAAUUGGAGAACUAUUCAGUCGUCUUAUAACAGCAGGGUGGGAGGCGUGCUUGAGCCUGAUGGAACGAGCUUCCAGGCUGUUGUUUGUUCUGCCCGAUGGGAGAGGAGCGAAGAGAGAAUGUCCGGGGUGGGGGCGGCCUUUGAUUAUGGCUGCUUCACCAAGAAAGCGGGGAUUGCAGAGGGAAGGCCAUGGAGGGGAGGCUGGUUCCCGUUAUGCGCUGAGCUCUGUCCACAGCCCUGCGGUUUCUAGUGGGUUCGGGCAGAGCAGUUGCCGUUCCAAACCCCUGACGCAACCGGAUAGGAUGCUUUCUGUGCUGCAUCUGCAAAGAUCGGUCAGCUCGGCCUCCCGAGGAAGAUGGCGGGCUUUCUUUCCCGUGACGUCUGUGUGGUUCGUCCAGGACAACUGCUGGUGAUGAUCAUACCCGUGCAGCUGAAAGUUCUUGGCCCUCUCGACCUCAGCACUGUUGGAGCAGGCGAGAAUGUGUGUGACAGGAGCCCGGGACAGAUCCUCUGAAAUGGGAACUUGGGGCUGCUCACCCUUUCCAGCACUGAAGGUGACUUGUACCCGAGUUUGAGGUUAGAAAGCGUACUAUCCGAUAGAGACCCUUACAGACCAUCCCAGGGUUACGAACUGCCAACUUCGGGACACCCCGACUUACAAGCGAGCUCCCGUUAGUAAAUUCAAGAGUCCCCCAUUCCUACGCACAGCAACCGGCUUCCCUCCCUUUCUCGCUCCACUGCCGUUAAGAUUCAAGGUUGUUUUGUGUCAUCUCCAGCACACGAGUGCAAAAGAGAAUGAGAUCAUUGUUAUUCCAGAUCCCCUGCGGGCACAGAAAAGGCCACGAUAUGAUAAAGAAAGCGGUUAUAA